AUGAGCUCGUACUACGGAGGCGGAUGGGCAACCUAUGAGGUUGAAGCGGAGACCUUUGGAGGGACCGGAGGUUUUGAGGAACAACCUGAGACGAACCAGGUUUGGUCUCAGGGUGGAUCAACAUGGAGGAGCGCAUCGGAGGCUCCGUGGGUACGAGCUGGAGAAGGUGGACGGUAUGCCGAGCAAUUUGAGCUGACAUCCAAUGCCUCAUCCGACUCAUGGUGGCGCGGUGGCAACUGGUCUUGGGAUUCAUGGGACGGAUCCUCGGGUGAGAGCAGGGCCAACUGGGUCUAUGUGAGUCAACGUGGGUCACGAGGACAUUGGGGUCAGUGUGAUCCGUGGCAUAGAUGGCAUGCUGAAGAACCUGAAGAACUUCCGCGUUGUCAUGCGGGACAAGAUGGAGGUGCUGCAGUUCAAGGAGACAGCGGACGUCACGUUCUUCAAUCUUCAGCAGAUUCAGAAGGUGAUGAUCCUUGCCGAGAUGAUCUACCAUCGGGCAAGAUCCUGAGUGUGCAGGAGAAGAGUGACCGAGAUGAAGGGAAGCGCACUCAAGGCAAGGUGUCAAGUAGCUAUCCACCUGUGUUUAAAGCCAAGCAGGGGGAAAGCUAUCGUGACUGGAAGAGGGCUGUGAAGUUUUGGUUGAAGGGUGAGGGCCAACAAUUACCCUACAACUUAGUGGGGCCCCGAGUCAUGGUUCAAUUGCGUGAGAGAGCUGCCCGGCUGGUGAAGCAUUUGGAACCUGAAGAUGUUGAUGGACGCAAUGGCUUGGAUCUCAUCUUCAAGACUCUCGAGCACAGCCCUUUGGUGAAGCAAAGUGAAAAGCACAGGGUAGACUGGCAUCGCAAAAGGCUCCUCAACCUGAACAGAUUGCCAGGAGAAAAUUUGGAGAGCUACAUCACGUUGACCAGGCGCGAAAAGGCCAUGGUCAAGACACAUGCAGGUGAUGAAACUGAGGCAUCGAUCACUGGUGCCAUGAUGGAGCGGUCCAGUGAGCUGGAACGUGAGGCUGGCUUCCCCAUUGGCCAGUCGGAGAGUCAACUUGGUGGAGCUCACGGAGAAGAACAUCUCAUCCAACGUGGCUUUGUGGCAAUGCGCUUCAACAAGAAGGACAAGCCAGUCCUGGCUGCAGAGGUCAACGACGAGGUGGAGACGCAAGUGUCCAUGGAGGGCAUUCCAGAAGAACCCCAUGGUGAUGACAGCAUGGACGACGUGGAGAACAUGCCAAGCGACGUUCUGCAUGCAGAGCAUGAAGCAUUGGCUCUUCAAUUCAAGGCACGUCGGAAGAUGGCCGAGGUGAAGAAGAUGAGAAACUUCUACAAGAGAAACGAGGGAGACUCUCGGAAGGCCAAGACUGGCAAGUGCUUUGUCUGCGACGAGCCGGGCCAUUUUGCAAAGGACUGUCCCAAGGUCAAGAUGGCUUUGGACCGAGGCAACGAAGUCCUGGUCACCACUGCCCAGCCGAGAGAAACAUCUCAAGGUGGGGGCAACGAGUGGUCACUUUUAGAGUCUUUGUGCAAGGACACCAUUCGUGCUGCAGCGUCCGAGCGUGAAGUAUACAUGGUGCUGGGUCCUUUGAGUGAAGGUGGGAGGUCAGUAGAGCAUGAGGCGUCAGAUUAUUCAACAAGAAGUAUAGCCUUUGAAGCAUGGUGGAACAUGAAGGAGUUAGCAAGGAAGGUCAUCUUGGACUUGGGAUGCAUGCGGAAUGUGGUGGGCGUGGAAUGGGCCAACGAUGUCAUUAAGGAAUGGCAACAACAUGACAGAUGGCUGAAAGUACUCCCCGAAGAAGAGGUUUUUCGUUUUGGAGAUGGGAACACUUUGAAAAGCAAAUGCAGAUUACAAUUGGAAGCGACCUUUGGAGGGCGCAGAGUUCUUCUUGCAUUUAGCGUGGCAGUUGAAAGGGAACAUUGGUCCAUGUCUGGACAUGCAGAAGUUGGCUUGUUUGAUGAACCUCGUGCUCGUGAAGCUUUUGGCUCCAAAGUGGAUCAGACCCGAGGCGAUCGCGAUCUCCCACCGGAUGUCUUCCGUGCCCGAACUCAACCCGCAGCUAUGCCGCCUGUGCCAGAAGAUAGGGCACCGGACAUCUCAGUGUCCAGAGAUGAGCGAUCCGGAGGAUUCCUUCUGCGAGGUAGCAUUGACGGCGAAACUCCUCGAGCUAUGGAUGUCGAGUCCGAGAAGGGCAAGAGUGGCUCCAAGGGCAGAGGCAAGACAGCAGCGGAUCGAGCCAAAGCUGCGACGGCCCCAGUGACCAAGGCGAUCAUGCCGACGAAGCCAAGGAGGUCCUCCGGGGCAUGGGAAGUUGCGACGGGAUCGGAAGAUGCACCCCCGGAGAAGGUCUUGGGAGAAAUGAAGGACCUGACCAUGGACGAAAUGAGGUUGGUGAUCGAGCAUCGAGAGAAGAAGGAGGAGGCCGCCGACAGGAAGAUGAAGUCAGCAGCCUUGACAAGUUGGGGGGCCCGUUAUCCCUCAUUGAGCAAUGUGUGGAGCGACGACCUGACCUUCAACGUGAUGAGGGCCACAUGGAAGCGCAACACCAAGUGGCUGAACUACCUCCUGAGCUACGAGAUCGCAUCGCCGUGGGGUAUGGGGACGAGCCAACCAACAGAGAGGAUUGAUCCAGAAGGUCAAGUGGGGCAUCCACGAGCCCGCCAGAACCAUGCAAUGGUAGUCAAUCUGCCCAACUACACGGAGACCUACACCGUCCUGGAGAUCUUUGCAGGCCGUGCCACGAUGACACAAGUGGCCCGUAGCCGGGCAGGUUGGCGAGCUAUGGGUCCAGUGGAUCUUUACUAUGGCUAUGACAUCAGGAAUGCCUACACUCGGCUGAGGAUCAUGGAGGCCAUCCGGGAGAACAAACGUGAUUCGGUGACCCUCAGCCCUCGGUGUGGUCCAUGGAGUCAAUUUCAACGGCUCAAUCCCAACAUCGACCAGAUCAUGCUAGACCGCAAGCCAGACCUCUCCUUGUGGCGCUUCGCCAGGGAGUCGGAAGCCCUCAACUUGGACUUCAUGAAGGCUCGUCCACAACUUCAUCGAGCCAAGGUGCCUCAAUGUGCCUUUGGAUUGAAAGAUGUGAUCAGUGGGAAGCCACACCAGAAGUACACGGCGCUGGAUGUGAAUGACUACUACAUGUGUGAGGGCCUGAUGCAUGGGGCUGUUUGCAACCACAAGCCGGAAGAGCACCAGGCCAUUGACGGUAGUGUGUUCUACGAGGGUCACCCCCAAAGGCGCUCAGCCUUGGCGGCGCGCUGGCCACAGGAGUUUUGUCAUCACUUGCUGGAUGCGGCGGAGUACGCUUGGGAGAAAUGUGAAGCUGAAGCAUCCCGCAAGCUGACUGAUGGCCGUCAGGUCCAUGCUCUCCAUCAUGCAGUACCAGUGGAGCCACUUCCAACGCCGGAAGGGGAGCUGAGGAGGCAACUGGAGAAGGCAGAUUGGAGAGGAUGCAGCUCCGUGGUCAUCAAGACAGCAGAGGGCCUUCAAUGUCAGAUCUGCCAAGCUGUGCGACCCCCUGGAGCAGAGCCAAAGGUGUCUGGCCAAAGGCCCACUCGCUUUGGUGAAAAGAUCCUCUCUGACAGCUUCUACGUGUGGAACAUCAUGGACGAGCGCUAUAACGUCACACAUUUGUUGGACGGGCUCACUGAGUACCACGUGGGAAUUGUCAGUAAGCAACCCAGCGCCUCAAUGUCAGCAGAGCUGCUGCAGAACAGAUGGUGCGCGGUUUUUGGACCGCCGGAUGUCCUGCAGACUGAUGGUGGCAAGGAGUAUGAGGAGGUGGUCCAACGUCUUGGUAGGGCUUUGGACUUCCGCCAUGAGGUGGUGCCACCUGGUGCAAAAUGGAGACAAGGACAAGUGGAAAGGCAUGGCGCUGUGGUGAAGCUGAUGAUGAUGCGGACGAUCGCAGCCCAGCAGGUCAAGGGCUUGGAGGACCUCAAGGUGGUGGCAGCGGCAUGCUUUGGUGCCAAGAACCGCCUGUGCAACAAGAUGGGCAUGUCGCCGAUGCAGGCUGUGACGGGAAGGGAUGUGGCAGUACCCACUUCCAUCAUGGAUCAACUUUGCAGUGGCCAGUUGAAGAUGGCCAUGAACGCUUCUUUGGAUGAGAAGGAGGCAUUGAGAAAAGCAGAAAGAAUCAGGGCUGCGGCUGUGGAUUCAUUCAACUGGAUUGACUCCAAUGAGGACAACCAUCGUCGAGGACAACCACGGCGGCUUCAAGAUCAUGUCAGCUGGGAUGGGCCGGGCAUUGUGGUCUGCGUGGAGCGGCAACAGAAUGUGCCAAACAGGAUCUGGGUGAGGAUCCGCGGCAAAGUCAGAAGUUUCCCUUUGGAAAAGGUGAGAAUGGCCACUCCUGACGAGAUGCUGGGCUCACGUUUCAUUGUGAGCAUGUUGGAUCAGAUGGCUGACGAGAUUCGCAUGGGCAGACUUCAGCUUGAAGAACCGCAGCCAGAUCCUCUACCUGCAGGACAACGCCAACGACAAACCCGAGCAAUCAUGGAAGAGGAGGAGAAGUCCGACGAAGAGAUGCAACCACAGCAAGCUCAGGCAGAUCCCUAUCAGCGAUCAGAUGGGGAUAGAGCAAGGCAACUCAGACGAAUGGAGUUGCUGAAUGAUGUUCCCGAAUCAGUGAGAAGCUCCCUGUCAUCUGGCUCCAGUGGUCCCGCUCUUGUACGCCAACUCCAACCAGUUGAGAGGAACCAGAUGCUGCAAGAAGAUGACGAUGAGGAUGAUCUGAUGGGAACACAAGAUGAUGGAAUCGAGCCGAGUGGCAUGCAGUUUGCGCAGAAGAAGCAGCUGUUCGAGGACUUCAGCAAGAAAAAACCGAAACCAUUCACCUUGAUGGAGGCCAAUCUCAGAAGCGGUGCUGCGAAGGCAACGGUCCGAGUGAAGAACAUCAGAAAGAUCAUCCAGAAGUCUCGACAGGCGCCGGCAGUGCAGAAGGCCAGGCGUGAGAGAAUGGACAGAGAAGAAGCAGCAAACUUGAUAUGCUAUGCGGAGGCGUGUGAGAAGGAUGACUUUGAACAGGUUCAGGAGAAGAUCAACACACAACAACGAGAACAUCAGCAGGCCAUUGCGGGGGCAGACGUCUUGGACAAGGAGAAGAUUGAAGAGGCAGCUGGCUUCCAGAAAGUGGUGACGGGCAAGGCACGACUUGAAUAUCAAUGGGGCCAAUUGAGUCCCGAAUGGAAGGAAGCCUUCAAGGAGCCUUUGAUCAAGGCGGUCAAGAUCUACUUUGACCAUGACGCCCUGGAAGGAGUCUCCCGGGACAAGGUCAUUGAUCCUAAGAGGAUUCUCUCCAGCCGAUUUGUCCUGACCAACGAGGGCGGCGGGCAAUUGGAGACCGCCAUUUUGAAGGGGCGCCUUGUGCUGGGGGGACAUCGUGAUCCAGAUGCGGGCAAGUUCCCAACAUUGGCUCCGACGGCAGCCGCCUUAGCUCACAACCUCAUCAACUUCAUCAGUGUGCAGAUGGGAUGGGUGGUGAACUACGAGGAUGUGUCAAGCGCAUUCCUUCAGGGGAAACAUCUUCCUCCAGAAAGGGAAACCCAUGUGCGCAUCCCCAAGGGAUAUCCUGACUACAUCGAGCACUACAUCCGCAGCAAGCUUGGAGCCACCAUGAGGGACGAUCUGAUGCGCCUCACAAAAGGAGGCUUUGGUUUGCCUGAGAGCCCUCGCCUCUGGUAUUUGGAGUGCAAGGAGACGCUGCAGCAGUGCAGCAUGCGAGAAUUGGAUCUCUUGCCAGGGGUCUUUGUGGCACACCACCCUGAUGGACGAUUGAGGGCCUUGGCUUGCAUCCAUGUGGAUGACACCAGAUACUGUGGCGAUGCUUCCAGUGAAGAAAUUUGGAAGCAAGUUCAUCAAUGUCUGAACUUUGGUGAAGUCCGCAAGGCGACAGAUGGAUGGGUGAAGUUUUGCGGCAGAUGGGAGCGGCAAAAUCCACAGACUCUGGAGUUUGAAUAUUCCAUGGAUGAAUACUCCAAGGGUCUGCAGAAGAUGAGGACCUUGGAGGCCUAUCGCCUGGACCCCAAGAAGGUGAUUGACGAUGAGGAGAUGCUGCGCAAGGGUGAGAUUACGGCCGAGGAGUACACCCAUGGCAAGAAGAAGCACAAGAAGAACCCAAGCGGACUUUCUGGAGAGCAAAGGCUUGCCAUGUCAUCCAUUUUGGGUCAGCUCAACUGGAUGGCUCGCCAAGGAAGGUUCGACCUGUCCUACGGCGUCUCACAUGUGCAACAGCUCAUGGCCCGAGACGCCGGAGAAGCCUUGGAGUUUUUGAACAAGGUCAUCUACCGUGCAAAGCAGCCAAUGACCCAGGUGAUUCGCAAGCUCAAAGACUGGGAGAACCUGGUGGUGCUGUCAGCUAGCGAUGCAGCGUAUGGGGCACAGCCUGGAGGCUACAGCCAAGGAGGUCUCCUUGUGGCUCUGGCCGACUUGGACAUCCUUGAAGGAGAUGGCCGAUUGGCAGUGAUCGAGGCAGCAAGCAUGAAGAUUCAGAGGGUGGUGAGGUGCAGCAUGAGUGCAGAGGUCUCAAUGGCUGCGACUGCGUUUGAACAUGGCGUGCUCAAGGAUUGGAAGCUCUGGGCCAACCGUUGGCGACACUUCCUGUUGAUUGACGCGAAGACGGGCUUCGACGUGCUGACCAGCGAGAGCCAGACGAGCGAUCGGAAGAUCCAGAUCGACUUGGCUGUGCUGAAACAGGCGCUUUUGGAGGAGCAGAGCAAUUCUUUUGCUCGCUGGGUGCCUGGCCAUCACAUGGUGUCGGACGGCCUCACGAAGUGGUUUGGCAACAAGGCCUUGCAGCGGGCAUUGACCGAAGGAAUUUGGUCGCUGAAAGACAGCGACGAGGCUGCCGGUCUGCGACAAACUGCAGCAGAGCAGCGUAGGAAGCUGAAGCUCCAACGCACUGACCAGGGGGGGAUGUGUGAAACUAGGUUCAGUUCAACCCUUUGGCAGUGGUUGGAGGCAUGUAACAUAUCAUCAACAUGA